AUCUGUAAAAUUGCUUUGUUGGCCUUUCCUCCAGCCAUCCUGUGACUCUGCUUCUCCUCUGCUCGUGUCCUGCAGUUUUCAUCCUUUUCUUCCGCAAGCUGUCACCAUGACCCUCACAAAAGGCUCCUUCACGUACUCCAGUGGGGAGGAGUAUCGCGGCGAGUGGAAGGAAGGCCGCAGACAUGGUUUUGGUCAACUCAUGUUUGCAGAUGGUGGCACCUACCUGGGUCAUUUUGAGAAUGGGCUCUUUAAUGGCUUCGGGGUACUGACCUUCUCAGAUGGCUCAAGGUACGAGGGGGAGUUCGCCCAGGGCAAGUUUAAUGGCGUUGGAGUCUUUAUUCGGCAUGACAACAUGACAUUUGAAGGGGAAUUUAAGAACGGCAGAGUAGACGGUUUCGGCCUGCUGACCUUCCCCGACGGUUCUCACGGAAUACCCCGCAACGAAGGCCUGUUCGAGAACAACAAGCUGCUGCGGCGGGAGAAGUGCUCGGCGGUCGUCCAGCGGGCCCAGAGCGCCUCCAAGUCCGCCCGCAAUCUCACCGUGGCCUGACACCAGACAAGGCCCGGGUACCGCGAAGGCCUGGUCACUCACUCGAGCCGAGUAAGGGAAGCGGCUGUGAGGACAUGGGAAUGCCGCAGAACAGAAGCCUUGGGACACGCUCACGCCCCCCGGCGAGGGACUCCGUCACAGAAGUUCCCAGGACUCCGGCCCGCUGCCCACAGCAGGGUCACCAGUGCUGUGUUUCCGUCCCUCACUUGUUGGUGUUCUCUGUCCCUAACGCCCUGGGUUGCCCCAUUCAGACCUGCUCCUCCUUGAUUUCCUGCCAAGCGGGGGAGAACCUCUUGGUUCGGCCUGUAUUUGGGGCAGUUGAUCCUAGCCCAAGUAGGGCUAGUGCUCUGUGCUCCCCUGGAGAAACAGGGAGAGAGGUAGGGGUGGCUUAGACAGCCCAGCAGUUCUGUGAAAGCCACCGCCAGAGCUCUUCUCUGUGCCCCCCCAUUUGCUGCUGGUUGACUUCAUGGCUCCAGGCCACCCACUUUGUCUCACCAGACUGGUAUUUGUGUCUGUUUAUUGCCCCUGUGAAGGGUUUGGUAAGAGUGCUGUCUUCCUUACCUGAGAUCCAGCAGCUAAUUUGUGCCCUGUUUCUGCCUCUCUCCUUUCUUAGAUGGGACAGGAUCCCUUUUGGGGAUAGUCAAGAAACUGAUAUAAAGGGUCAUCUUAUACCUUGUACUUUUUAGGUACUCCAGGGCAAAGGGGAGACACCCCUGGCCUUCAGGCCCUACCACGGAGUAAUUGAAUCCUUAGGGAUGGCUUGGGCUGACACCGCCCCUUGCCAGUGGACUAGGAGGUCAGACCCACCUCAACCCCUUGGGGUGUGGCUAGAAUUGGACCCACCCUAGGAUUGCGGUGAACCAAAAGAGAGUUGGGCCCCUGCAUUUGGUCCACUGUUAACCCUUCCGCCAUGAGCUUGGCCAUCAGGCCUGGGGGAUGGGGGGUCAGAUCUUGACCCAUAGGAUCCCUGCGUAGUCAUCAUGGAGGCCCCCAUUUAUCCUGUGACCCAGACACACCCAGCCCACUCCCAGCCCCUUAUCCUCACACUGAAUGUCUCCUCAGCAGCAGAUUGUGGUGGAAAGUAGAGCCGUGUGCCUCUCUGUAUUCUGAGUUGUACUGUAGAAACCGGUGUUUGUGAGGAAUAAACGAAUCACCAGAACUGCCUUUA